CUGGGAUAGUAUAAUGAAAUCACUCUCGGCAUGUAUCCUGAAAAACACAUAUAGCCAUCCUGCAGAAAUGGACUGAAGACUGAAUUUUAAAGGUUGCUACCAAGAUUUUUAGUGCUCCAAAUUAAAACUACAGUACAGUAUGUGGAUUGCUGUGCAAAAACAUAAAGGAAUACCAACAUCUAAAUAUAACCUUGGCGACAGGUGAUCAGGAAUAAUGGGAUGUUUAUGCUCUGUCUGCAUCUGUAAUCACUUUUUAUGUUGGAAUAAACAUACUGGAAAACGGCUAAGAAGGAGUACUGUUUUCUCUUGCUGCACUAAACGGAAAUACAACACAAAUGACUUUGUCACAAGUGACUCGAUUCUGCAGAGACAAAUGAAGCAGACAACGGAAGACACACAUUUUAUAAGCAAACAGGAGGCAUCCAUAACACUGACAGAGGAAGUAGAUUGUUCCCCUGAAAGCUCGCAGCAGCUGGAACCGGAGAUUCUGAACUGUGCUGCAGAUUUGUCGUUUUAUAAAAGGACUAAUACCUUACUUUCUGCUAGUAACAAUGGACAGGAUAUAGAAAAUGGAGAAAAGCCUGGUGAUUUCCUGGACACACAAGACAUUUCUACUGACCACUUUCAAGGAAUAAUGGCCUCUGGCCCCCUGAAUGCUACUCUUGUGAAUCAGAUUACAAAGAGGUCAUCUGGAGAAUGGACCCCUCCAGGUGAUGAGAACACAGACAUGGGAAGCCUAAUUGACUGCAGCAAGAGGUCCAAGUUGCUUCAGGAUUCCCACCCUCACGUGAUUGCUGGUGAUGGAACUGUAAGUGGCUGUGAUUCAAGCAGUGAGCAAACACAUUUGUCAGAGGUUUCGGCAGCUGUAAAUAGCUGUACAGACUCCAGAGAUGAUGAAAUAAGCGAUAUGGCAUAUGCACCAAGUCAUGUGUCUCAGCACCCAGAACAUAACACCACAGAGGUUCCAAAUGCCGUUGAUGGGAUCAGCAGUUCGGAAACUACUCAAAGAACAAAUACCAAGGAGAUUGUGGUUCAUUCAUGUGCAUUAGAAAAAGACUUGUCCCUGGACACGGAUGAAGACCUUUAUCGUGAUGAAGAGGAAAUUGAAAAAGAAAAGAUACAGAAAGUAGCUGCUACAAUUGAAAAAGAUGCUCUUAAACUAGGAGUGGAACCAGAAGUUGACAUUAUAGAGUAUUGUCAAAGGGAGUGGAGAGGCACAACAACAGUAGCACAAAAAAUGAAGGAGGGCUAUGAAGAAGUGUCCCACUUUUUUUGUUCAAUAAGACGAGUGAGAGGAGAUAAUUACUGUGCCUUAAGAGCCACAUUAUUCCAGUGCCUUAGUCAGACUACAAAGCUUCCGCAGUGGCUGAAUGAUGACCAUUUAAUUGAAUUGCCUGAAAAGCUUAUUAAGAAGUAUGACUGGAUUAUGUCAUGGAGAUUCAGGCAUUCGUAUGGGAACAAAAAAACUUGGGUGCGGAUAAAGACAUUUCUGGAAUUACUUAAGAAAAAGUGGGCUGAAUUGAGCGAAAUGAAGACCCCAGAUAAAAAGCAGGCCGCGUGUGAUGAGAUCUUCCAGAAUGAAGAGGAGUAUGCUUUGUAUGAGGCAGUGAAGUUCUUAAUGCUAAAAACGGCUAUUGACUUAUAUAAUGCUAAUGCGUACGGCAAAGAAGUGCCAGUCUUCUCUUGGCUGCUGUUUGCUAGGAACACUUCUAGUAAUCCUUGUGAUUUUAUGAAGAAUCAUUUAAAUCAAGUUGGGCACUCUGGAGGCCUUGAGCAGGUUGAAAUGUUUCUGCUCGGAUAUGCAUUGCAGCACACCAUCAAAGUGUACAGACUGUACAAAUAUGGAACAGAUGAAUUUAUUACACAAUAUCCUGAUGACCAGGCAAACUGGCCUGUUGUAACUCUUAUAACUGAGGAUGACCGACAUUACAAUGUCCCUGUUAGAGUGUGUGAGGAGACAAGCUUAUAAAUAACUCUUUCCCCCGAACUCUUUAUGAAAACGUUCUAUUACUGCCAUGGCUUAUAUUUGUACUAUUGCUGUGCAACUGAAGCUUCCUCAUAUCUGGCCAAUUAGUCCUUUUUUUUUCUUUCUUUUUUUUUAUGAACAGUCCUAACCUGAUUACAGAUUUUUAACAUGUGCUUGAGCCGUUGCUCAUAAGCCCACAUGGAAACUGCACAAAUUAUAUAGGUGGAGGUUGCUUAAAUUGCCUGGUUAAUGCAAAUUGUUUUGCAUCCUGAAUGUUUAUUCUGUAAGUUUAAAAGUUAAGAGAGGUCUACAGUUUCCAGCAAGUAUUGUGGAUUGCCAGACUAUCUAUUGGUCACUAUUUUGGGAUAAAUAGACAAACUAACAUUUUAUGCUUUUGGAAACGUAAAGAACCACCAUACCUAAAAAGGCCCAUUCCACUGUCACAUACAGGACAUUUCUACACAUUUUCACAUACUGUAUCAAUUUUUGUUAAACCUUAACACGAGAAAGUUUUAUUUAAAAAAAAGAUAGAUGCAGUAUCAAAGUGCCUAACUAAACUUAUUUUUAGGUAGACAAAGUGCUCUGUUACACCAAGAACAAUAUCACAAAAUGUAGCUGACACGUAUGGGACAAGCCAAGUUCCCCAACAGUUUUGUAAAGGAAACUUCUACUUGAUAAUUCCCCUCAACUCCAAAUUAGGAACCUGUGUUGUUUUUUUGUUUUUUUUAACUUAUGCGAAGGAAAUAUCAUUUUGUAUGCCAACCUUGAAAUUGCAAAGAUACACAGCUACAGAUUUAUUUAUUUAUUUUAUUUAGUGUCACGUAUGGGACAUUUCUACUACUUUUCAUGGAAUGGCCCAAAAGAUCAUACAAUUUGUUUAUAGAUAACAAAACUUUGGCAGCCGUAUUUACUAUACAUGCAGCUUUUUUAGUAGAUUAUUAGAAAUACAGUAUUUUUGAAGAAAGUUUGAUCAGGGGCGAAGAAAUUAUUUCUUAUUUACUGAAGACAUAACAGGGACCCUUUUUGGGUGACAACAGAUGGCAGUUGCUUACAGUAUAUUUACUAACCAGCAGGUUGUCAUAUCCAUCAAUCAUCGCCAACUUUGAUCUAUAUUAGUGGUUCUCAAACUGUGUGCCUAGGCAAUUAUUUAUGGCCAAUGUAUUAGGUAAAACCAGUGCUGGUGACUGUCAAUCCUAAAAUAUGUGGACAAAUAGAAGCAAAUCUUGUCCCCCACCACCCAACUGAACUUAAGGAUGACCUAUAAACACAAUACUGCAUACUUAAUUUAAUACUUCUUUCUAAAUUUCUCAAUAGAAACUUUUGGCCUAGGGGUGUAGUGAAAAAAAAGUCUGAUACUUUAAGGUAGUAAUUCUCAAACUCUGUCCUCAAGCACCCCCAACGGUUCAUGUUUUCCAGGUCACGUAGCAGUUGAACAGGUGUAUUCAUUACUCACUGAUGCAUUAUAAAAGACCCACAGGUGGAGCAAAUUAUUUCACUUACAAUCCUGUGAGGAGACCUGGAAAACAUGAACUCUCGGAGGUACUUGAGGACAGAGGUUGAGAACCACUGCUCUAGGGCGCCAUGAUUCAUAAAAGUUUGAGAACCACUAAUCUAUAGACUUAAAAAGGCAGUAAAAAUACAUGCUUGAUAAGGCUUCUUUAGCAUUUUUUUCUGUUGCCUUUUUAACUAUCCUUCAAAGCCACCGAUGAGCUGCCACUGGUUAGUAAAUAUACCCCAAGGUUCAUACAGUGUCAAAACUCUCCGGCUAAAUUAAUAUUUGCAUACAGCGAAUUGGGGCUUUUUCAAAAUGGCUUUCAAUAUUUAGUUAAUUUUUUGUAUUACAGUAGAUUUGGUGGUUUUUACAGCCAGCAAACUGUUGAUUACAAUUUCAGUUGUUUAAUGAUUCUUUUAUCUUUUCUAUGACUAAAAAUGUGGAUGACCUGAGAAGUUUCAUUAAAUGGUAAAAAGUUUCAAAUA